AUGGCUUCAGCGUCGGCGUCGCCGUCGCCGUCGCCGUCGGGGAGCAGAGACCGCCUCAGCGACCUUCCCGACGACGUGCUGGGCCACAUCCUCUCCUUCCUCCCCACCAAGCCGGCCGCCCGCGCGGCGGCGCUGUCCCGCCGCUGGCGCCACGUCUUCGCAAGCGUCGACAGCGUCUCGUUCGAGGAGCAAGCCACCGCGAGGGCCGACGACUGGAACACCCCUUACCACGACGACGCCCAGCUGGAGAUGAAGAGCGUCAGCACCACGCUCUUCAAGGACGUCUGGUCGGCGCUCCUCUGCCGUCGCCAUUGCGCCGGAUUCCACGUGCCGCUGCGCCGCCUCCGCGUCGCCUUCAACAGCUGCCCCGGCUGGAACACGCGCCACGUCGACCAGUGGCUCUCCUACGUGCUGCGCCACUGCAGAAAAGAGCUCCACCUCGACUUGUGUUUCCGCCUCGGCCCAACCUGUGCACAACGCACCCAAGACGAGUGGCGGACGCUAUCGGACUGGUCUUGGUAUGAACUUCCAAGAGGGCUCUACUCCUGCACCGCCAUGCGCUCGCUAUGCCUCAGCUACUGCGGGCUGAAUCUUCCCGCGGCCAUCAACCUGCCCUUCCUCGAGACGCUCCGCCUCACCGGCGUCGACCAUGGAGACUCUGGGACAGGCAUCCAGCGGCUCAUCGCAAGCUGCCCCUGCCUGGUCGACCUGACGCUAGAAGCCAACAACAAGAUCCAGAAGGUCUCCAUUCUCGACAAACGCCUCCGCAGGUUCACACUCUGGUGCUGCCACGGCAUGAAGCGUGUCAACAUCGACGCCUCCGAGCUCAUGUCACUCGACUACCGCGGAACGGUGCCCCCGGAGUCGCUCCUCUCUCUGCACGGCACACCGGAGAAGAUCAUCCCCUUGUGCACCGUCGAGAUCUGCAAACUCGACUAUUGCAUGAUGGCGCAGCACGACACGAUCAAGAUCAACACCUUUUUCCAGGAAAUUUCCAACACACAGCGCCUGCAUCUCCACCAUGAGCGUAUCCCAUACAGAUACGACUUCACAGGGUUCCCUUUGUUUCCCAACCUCACGCAGCUGGCCCUCCAGGGGGGCAUUCAGAGCCCCGACGGGCUGCGGGGCAUCCUGGAGCAGACGCCAAACCUCCAGGUUCUCUGGCUACUGAUGGAGUUCCCCGUGGAUCCCUACGGAAAGCCCGAGCCUCCCGACGAGGCCACCUUCUCGGUCCCGUGCUUGCAGCACCGAGUCAGGGAGAUCAACAUGAUUCAUUACCAUGGUGACGAGCUGCAGAGUAUGGUUGCCAGGCUCUUGUUGCGCAAUGCGCUGGUUCUUGAAAGGCUGUGCGUCGUCUUCGUCAAGGGAUCACUCCAGGAGCAGGCUGGAAGGAAGAAAGAGAUCGAGAGAUGGGUCGUGGCCGCUGAUGCGCAGCAGUUCUUCCUCUGAUUGGGUUUAGUUAUCGUCCGUGAAGCAAUCGCACAACAUUUUUCUAAAGCAACAUA